AUGGCGCCAAAGGAGGGCGGCAAGAAGAUGGAUGCGCUGGCCGCGGUCGGCAGCGUCGUGUUCAGCCAAUCAUAUGGCGACAUUGGCCGGGAGCUGCUGCAGUAUCUGAAGGACGCCAUGACGGAGGGGAUGAGCCCGGUAGACAUGGCUCUGCCGCUGCACCGGGCCAUCCAGUCAAUCACGAACGGGAUGGUGGAUCGACGGGUGCAUAUUCGGGAAAGAGGGUUGGCAAAUGCCCAAGCAGCUCUGACUGAGGCAGCCAGCAAUUCAGUCGGCAAGCAAAAGACAUUCCUGGAGACCCUCAGUGUGUUCAUCCGGCUGGAGAAGGGCACACUUGCAAGCCGGCUGCACGAGCUCCAGAAACUUCUUGGGUACCUCCUGAGCACCGCUAUCUCAGACGCAGCAGCUAAAAGCACAAAACGGAAGAGAGAUGUUGACGAGGACGACGAGGCUGCUGGCAAGGGGCCGUCGAAGGGAGCAAUGCAUGAGAGCAUGGGGGUUGGGAAAAGCAAGGAGCAGAGAACGGCAGCGGGAAAUUCUGGUCAAAACAUGGAAGGCGUCCUGCUCACUCUGCUGAGAGUGGCAACAGCUCAAGAGUCACUUCCAGACUAUCUGCAGGACACGGCAUCCAGUGGACCAUUGACAGCCAUCACCUGCCAUCUUGCAGCGGCAUUGAAGGUUACAGAGGCAGACCGCUCGCAGAGUACAGGAACUAGGGUGGGGCCAAAUGGGGAAUAUCGGCAGCUGGAGGAUGGGAAGUUGAAAGAGAUGGCAGACCGUGUCUUCUACGAGACAGCUGAUGCGAACAAGGACGGAAAGCUGGACAUCAUGGAGCUGUACACAGCAGUGCUCCUCUUCUAUAAUGACCUCAACAAGAAGCUUCCUGGCCCGCACAACGACCCGCCCAGUAGGCAGAAGGUCGCAGAAAUGAUGAAGAAGUUCGACCAUAACGAGGACGGCCAGCUCGACCGAGAGGAGUUCACGCAGUUCUUGAAGCUCUUCACAAAGCACGUCGCCUCGAGGGUGGGCCAACAGCUCCUAAUACUCUGCGUAUUGACACCCCUGGUCGCGAUUGCCGUCAAGCGUGGCACCCAUAAGGUGCCCUACGUCGGAAAAGUGGUUGAAGUAGUGCCGGAUUCGAUGUUUGCACCAGCAGUUACGGGUUUAGUAGCAGUGUCGAAGAAAGAAAUAGGGCGAAGGACGACAUGAUCACUGCGGUUGGGUGUUACUAAUUGACGCCACUUGCUGCCCAGAGUGGCACGAUUCGAGUGGUCUUAGCAAGGAAGUCAGGCUGGGUAGUUUAAUUGCUGCUAAUGUAUAGCCGCUUGGCGUGCCAACAUGUGCCAUUGAAGCAUGAACGAACUUUUCAAAGCUAGUACGGAUUAUUACAGGAAACUUAGAUGUAAAUACACAUUACGGGAAGUAGCUAAAGCUAUAUCAGCAUGUGAUUGGCAAACGCACCUACGUAGCUCAUUCAUGGCCCCGAGGUACGGACGUG